UGGCAACUCCCGUCCUCUCGGAAAUAUCGCGAUAGAGUUGUUGUGUUCGCGCUGACAGUGCAUUGAAACAAGUUUCCAUCCCUGAUGAUAAGCAAUUUCAUAACAGUGGGUGAAUUUACAGUGAAGUAGAAAAUGGCAUCAUAUUUUGAUGAGCAUGACUGUGAGCCCACGAAUCCAGAAGAACAGUACCGACAGAACGCCCUGCUGGAGCUUGCGAGGUCUCUAAUGCAGGGUCUUGACAUAGACUCGGGUUCAUUUGAUUUGUCGGAUUGGGACCAGCGUCUUCCCCCUCCUGCAGCCAAAGCUGUGGUUCAGAGUCUUCCUGUGGUCAUCAUCUCCCCUGAACAAGCAGAUAAAGCACUAAAGUGUCCGGUGUGCUUACUGGAGUUCGAGGAGCAAGAGACUGUGAGAGAGAUGCCCUGUAAACAUCUGUUCCACACAGGAUGCAUCCUGCCAUGGCUCAGUAAGACCAAUUCAUGUCCGUUAUGUCGACUUGAACUACCCACUGACAAUCCAGACUAUGAGGAAUUCAAAAAAGACAAGGAACGGAGAAGACAAAGAGAACACAGACUAGAGGAUCUACAUGGAGCCAUGUACACAUGACCUCAGGACCUUUAAGACUAGAAUAUGAAUUCAACUUUCAGUUUAUUGGAAGUGAGAGUUCACUGUGCAGGGACCAGGCUUUGAAAUGAUUACAUUUGCGUGAAUAAGUUUUUAAUGUUAUUACCUUUAAGACUGCUUUGUAUGGCUAUGCACUGAGAACUGUUUGUAUGGAACUGUAAUGUAGCCUUAUAGACACUUCUGAUUUUAUUAAAUGUUUUAAAGCAGUUGCUUUUGUGUGAAACUGAGUUUGUUUGCUCCAUAAUUUUAUUUACGUUCUUAAGCUUUAAGUGCGGAAAAAAACUUGUAUGAAUGCUAUAGUUAAUACAACAAUUCACGCUGGUCACUACAGGACUUUACCAGUGUAGCACAUGAAACCCUCCUUAUAUAAUACGGUAGACCUUAUGAAAAACAUGUAAUGAAGUCUGAAUUCGUAAAUUGUCUUUUCCAUAUUUUUUAAAUAAAAAGUGAGCUUAUCUAACA